UUUUUUCAAUCCAAGAUGGCAGCGCCUAUGGUGAAGUCGUGAUCCAGAGAAACAGGUCAUUUACAUCGCGUUUUUAAGCUGAGUGCGACAUUCGUAACAUGAACUGUUGGAUUUAUGCCAUUAGGAUCAUAACGCUGAAAUAAAGGACCCGGAAACAUAACGGUGACAGAAUGCAGGUGUCGGUGAAGAGGCUGGCUCUGUAUCCGCUGGCUGUUGCCCGGGCUGGCCGGAUCAGAUCUGCUCUCCUGAGCCCAGCAGUCCGCCUCCUGGCCCCCAGCACCCGCACCCUGCUCAGCGAGACGGGAGAGUGGGAGAAGAACUAUAAAACAGAGACCCGCCGCAGACUGGAAGAAUGGUGGCACCCACGAAUUAUGGCACAGUGCCGGAAGGAUUCGCUGCAGGAGAGUUCUGACAAGAAGAAGUUUUACGUCCUCUCCAUGUUUCCGUACCCGUCGGGGCGGCUGCACAUGGGCCACGUGAGAGUUUACACCAUCAGUGACACAAUGGGACACUUCCAGAGAAUGAGAGGCCAUCAGGUGUUGAAUCCGAUGGGUUGGGAUGCUUUUGGACUUCCAGCAGAAAAUGCAGCCAUUGAGAGAGGACUGGACCCAGAGGAGUGGACUAAAAGUAACAUCCAGUCCAUGCGGGAGCAGCUGGAUAGUCUCGGCCUUUGCUUUAACUGGGACCGGGAAGUGACCACUUGCCUUCCAGACUACUACAGGUGGACACAGUAUCUGUUUGUAAAGCUCUUUGAAGCAGGACUGGCGUAUCAGAAAGAGGCUGUGGUGAACUGGGACCCUGUUGAUCAGACGGUGCUGGCUGAUGAGCAGGUGGAUGUAAAUGGGCGCUCCUGGAGGUCUGGCGCCCUGGUGGAGCAAAAGCUGCUCACACAAUGGUUCAUCAAGACCACAAACUAUGCCAAGCCUCUCCUGGACGCCCUGGCAGAUCUUCCAGAGUGGUAUGGCGUCAAAGCCAUGCAGGCACACUGGAUUGGAGAGUGCACCGGCUGCUACUUCGAUUUUAAACUCAAGGUGAACGGGGAAGACACGGGGGAAACCCUGACUGCCUACAGCUCCUCCCCAGAGACGGUGUUCGGAGCGGCUUACCUGGCUCUCCUCCCCUCCCACAGACUGCUGCACGGGAACAGCUCAGUGCGCCCGGCCCUGGAGGAAGCCUUUCAGCCAGGCAGAGACUCCCUUACACAGGUCACCGCUUGCAACCUGCUCACUGGCCGCGAGGUUCCCCUGGUCAUCUCACACAAGGAGGCGUUCGAUGGCUCUCUGGAUGCUGUGAUCGGUAUCCCAGACUGUAGUGAGGAGGAUCUGACUGUGGCCAGAGCUCUGAACUUGAGUUGGACCACGGUGCUGAAAAGUGAAGAAGAUGGGACACAAACUCUGAUCAACUCUGAUAAGUUCUCAGGCCUCAGCAGAGAGCAAGCAUUUGACUCCAUUACCCAGAAGGCCAGAGAGCAGAAGGUCGGUGGCCACCUGACCAGCUCCAAGCUCAGGGACUGGUUGAUAUCAAGACAGCGGUACUGGGGCACACCAAUCCCCGUGGUGCACUGUGGCUCCUGUGGUCCAGUUGCUGUCCCUGAGGAGGAGUUACCCGUUACGUUACCAAAGCUGCAGUCUCUCAAAGGAACGGGAGCGUCUCCGCUGGAGGCUGCUCACGACUGGGUCAACUGCACAUGUCCCAGAUGUAAGGGCCCAGCCAAGAGGGAGACUGACACCAUGGACACAUUUGUGGACUCUGCCUGGUACUACUUUAGAUACACAGAUCCUCAUAACCCAGACAGGCCGUUUGAGCGCCACCUAGUGGAUGAAUGGCUUCCUGUUGAUGUGUACAUCGGAGGGAAGGAGCACGCUGUCAUGCACUUGUACUACGCUCGCUUCCUCUGCCACUUCUGCAGGGAUCAGGGUCUUGUUGCUCACAGGGAGCCUUUUAGGAAACUGCUGGUUCAGGGUCUGAUCAAAGGCCAGACCUUCAAACUAGCAGACAGCGGCCAGUACCUAAAGAGAGAAGAAAUAGACUUCACAGAUGAGGAGCCGGUGGUGCGUGGCGGUGGCCCUGUUGAAGUGACGUGGGAGAAAAUGAGCAAGUCGAAACACAACGGUCUGGAUCCCCAAGAGGUGGUGCAGCAGUAUGGACUGGACACAGUUCGACUAUACAUCCUUUACGCCGCACCACCUGAACAGGACAUCCUCUGGAAUGUCAAGACGGAUGCCAUCCCUGGGGUUCUGCGGUGGCAGUCUCGGCUCUGGCAGCUGGUGACCAAGCUGAGAGAGGCUCGGGAUCUCGGAGAAGUCCCCGACCCCUCCCUGCUGAAGAAGAAAGAGCUGGCCGAGACCAAGAAGUUCUGGGGGAACAAGAACUACGCUAUUCAAGAGGUGUCAUCUCACUUCACAGAGGACUUCCUCUUCAACGCUGCCAUUUCUCGGCUGAUGGGACUUACCAAUACACUGAGUAGUGCAACAGUCAGGAUGAUGCAGCACAGUGUGGAGUUUGAGGAAGCUCUUGCUGCGCUGGUUUUGAUGACAGCGCCCAUGGCCCCUCACCUGGCUUCUGAACUUUGGGCAGGUCUUUGCCAAGUGAAAAACCCCCUCAGCCCCGUCCUCCAGCAGGGAGGAGACGUCCUGCAGCAGAUCUGGCCGACAGUCGACCCGGAGUACCUGGAGGUCCCUGACUUUGUUGAGCUCUCUGUACGGAUAAACAACAAGGUUUGUGGCAAAGUGACCGUGCCUCUGCAGGUGUCCAAAGAUCCGGAGGUUGUGCAGCAGCUCAUCAUGGCGAGCCCGCUGGGACAGAAGCUUCUUGGCGAGCGCAGCAUCAAGAGAGCCAUCCUCUCCCCGAGGACCGCCCUCAUCAACUUCCUCAUUGACGAGUGAUGUUUGGGCAUUCACCGCUCCUUUUGUAACCGCUACGUGGUUCUGAAUGCCUGUCAAUCAGUGACUCAGCACAGAGAGGGAAACAAAAGAGGUGGACUUUUACAUAGAUUACAACAAAGGGAAGGGAUUAGUUUUUUUUAUUCACUGUAAAUAAGUGUAUAUUUUAUUUAUAUUUUCCUGUUUUUAAUAAAAAGAUUCAAGAAGCGGUGAGGUUUCAAGCCUUUUUCAACAAAUCCCCAUGUGAGAUUUAGCAUCUUUCUCUUUCAGAUCAUCCUCAGUCAGACCCUCUUGACAAUCACUUGAGCCUAAACACCACUUUAGAUUCCAGUCAUCCUUCAAAUUCCCCCUUUCAACCGUAAC